AUGGCUACCACUGAUGUGGAUGUUAAUAAAAUAAAGAAUAAUUUCCUAGCUGCAUACCAUAUUUUAAAAUUUUCCAAAGCUGACAAAGAUGAUACAGAGAUUGUAGACAUUGAACGUAGAUGUCUUGCUAUUAAAUAUUUAACUGCUAAACAAUUUGAAUCUGAAGAUGUAGCUGCUUAUUUACUUCAAAGAAACUUGGAAGAUUAUCAAGAUCUAAUGGAAAAGAGAGAUGGUGUAAAUAACUAUUGGAAACAAGUUAGACUACAAAUAUCAAAGACUACUAACAAUCCACAGAAAUGGAAGUCUGGUUUAUGUAAUGUAGAUACAGCACUAAAUUUUGUAAAACCUCUGCCUUGCCAAGACAAUAAUACUAUGCCAUGUCAUAGAAGAGUAUUCAGUAACAGGCAUAUAGAGAAUAUUAUAAAUAUAUGGAAAAAUAAAGAAACAGCAGUAAGAAACAGAAAAGUCAGUACUCCUGCAACACCAAAACUUAGCCCAGGUCCAAGUAUAAACAGUAAAGGAAAACUUGAGGAUAACAUACUGCACGAAGUAGGAACAUCUUCUUUGUCAUCAACUAGGUCUGUAGAUGAGAAUCUGAGUGUACAAGUAAGUUAUAGUAAACUUCAAAGAGCUAAAUCUUACCCUGUGAAUCAGAAAAGUCAAAGCCCUGUACAACAAAGACCUGUUAAAUUUGAGCCUAAAUCAUACACUAAAUUUUCUAAGGAAGAAUCAUUUAAGAAGUUUAAAAAUAAUCAUGAACCAUCGAAUUUUUAUAAAAAUAAUGCAAAAUCGAAAUCACAAGUUUCUGUUCAGCAAAAUGAAGAAGAUUCUGAUACUAAAAAUAAGUUGAACUCCUUCAAGACUGCUAGAGAUGAAUUAAGUGUACAACAAAUAAAGGCUAACAGGCCAAUGCAGAAGAAAACUUUAGGUGGUAAAGCAUCAAUUAAUUCUCAGUUUGUUUGUCCAUUUAAACGAGAAAAGGAGAAAGCUCAGCAAGGUCAAGGAAAUAUGUAUAAUAAUGAAACUGAUACCAUGGACAUAGAAGAUGAAAGAUUAAAAAAUAUAGAGCCAAAAAUGGUUGAAUUGAUAAAGAAUGAAAUAAUGGAUUCAAAGACAACUAUUUCUUGGGAUAAUAUAGCUGGUCUAGAAUAUGCAAAGAAAAUUAUCAAGGAAGUAGUUGUAUAUCCUAUGUUGAGACCUGAUAUUUUUACUGGUUUACGCAGACCCCCCAAAGGAAUUUUAUUGUUUGGCCCACCAGGUACAGGAAAAACACUAAUAGGCAAAUGCAUAGCAUCACAAAGCAAGUCGACAUUUUUUUCAAUAUCUGCUAGCUCUUUGACUUCAAAAUGGAUAGGAGAAGGAGAGAAGAUGGUUAGAGCAUUAUUCGCUGUUGCCAGAGUUUAUCAACCAUCCGUUAUUUUCGUGGAUGAAAUAGAUUCAUUGCUCACUCAAAGAUCCGAGACCGAACACGAGAGUUCUAGGAGAUUAAAAACUGAAUUUUUAGUACAAUUAGAUGGAGCAGCAACUGCGGAAGAAGAUCGUAUUUUAAUUGUAGGAGCAACGAACAGACCUCAGGAACUGGACGAGGCAGCACGCAGACGACUCGUUAAAAGACUCUACGUUCCUCUACCGGAAUUUCAAGCUCGAAAACAGAUCGUCAAUAAUUUAUUAAUAACAAUUCCGCAUAAUCUUUCUGAAGAAGAAGUUAACAAUAUAGCUGAACAGUCACAAGGAUAUUCAGGAGCAGAUAUGUCUAAUUUAUGCAAAGAAGCUAGUAUGGGACCGAUUAGAAGUAUCCCAUUUAGCCAACUGGAAGAUAUUAGAAAAGAAGAUGUUAGACAGGUAACACUUGAUGACUUUAAGGAAGCAUUGAUACAUAUGCGUCCUAGUGUAUCAGAAUCAAGUUUAACGGCUUAUGCAGAAUGGGAUGCCAUAUACGGAACUGGAACAGCACACAAUUAUAAAGUAUAA